GUCCGGAUGUGCCCCCCCCAGCUGCUGUGGGGGUGCUGCUUGGUCCGCAGGGAGGCCUGGAGGGAGGAAGUGUGUGCCCUGCUUGUGGGGCUGACUCACGGCAGCUGACUGGGGGCGGGGCCAGACUUAGGGGUAGGGGCUCAGCGUGGCUGCUUGAGGCAGGAGGUAGACUUACCUUCCAGACCCCACACUGGUGGCCUCUCCAUAGAGCCCACGGACUGAUCUGGUUGGGAAGGGGCGCACAAGGGUCAGAGGCUGUUGGUUCAUUCUCCUUAAAGCCCCAGGCAGUUGAGGAGCUGGGAGGCUCUCCCUGAGAGUGAGGUACAUCUUCUGCUGCCACCACCUCUGUAACUGUCAACCCUGAGGCUGGUGAAGGAAGCCCUGGCUGGUAAAGAGAGGGUACACUACUCUUGGGGGCUAGCCCCCUGCUCUCCCCACCUCUUGGAGCCUGUCUGGGGUAGUGGCUGUCUGGUGUCAAGUUGCCAGGGGCAGGGUACACAGGAGGAGUUAGGGUGGAAGAAGCCGGGUGACGCUUCUCAUUCUGGCAGACUGGGCCAGCCUGGUGACCCCUGAAUGGGCCUCACUGACUGUCAAGUGGUCUAGCCUUAGUCUUUCAGGGCCAAACUGAUUCAUUCCUAUGCACCCUGUUUCUUGUGGGCUAGAAUUUGAGUUGUGUGCACUGGGUCUUUUCAGCUCUGUAGCAUAGUCUGUUUGGGGGCCUCCUUGGAGGAGGUAGCCUUUAGAGGAUGGUGUGGGGCUUCCUGUCCCAGCAUCUAGGGGUGGGGCAGGUACAACUCUUGGGUACAUACACACGGAGCAGCCCUCCUGGCCUGGCAGGUGGAGUGUUCCAGGUGUCCUCUGCACCUGUGGGAUGGGGGUGGUGGCCAAGCUGAGAGGCUGCUGAGCCAGCUUUACAGUCAUGGGCCGGGGUGGUCACAGAGUCCCCUCCAGCACCCCUCCAUUCUCGCUGACAGGACAGGCCCUCUGUCCUGGGGGUGGCUGUGCCCGAGCAGGAGCAUCUCAGCUUAGCUGCAGCUCCUGCGGACCAGCACUGCCUGCCUGGGUUGCCUGUGGCUGUCUGUGGCUGUCUGGGGGCAAUGAGGGUGCUCAGAGAUGCCACUCACCUCGCUGGCUGCAGGGAGCUAGCUGCGCUGCUUGUUUGCCCUGGGGACUUGGGGACAGGGGAACAAGCUUUCCAGGGCCCAGCUUUUCUUUCUUGUCCCCACGGCUGAGCCCAGGUGGGUGGAUGAGGCUGUAUCCUCUCUGUGGGGAAGGGCAGGAGAGGAGAGCCAUACUGACAGAGCCUGUCACAAGCUGACCCUGGGGCUCCUGGGGCCGAGCUCUGUGCCUGCCUUCUCUCGGUUUCUCCAUCCCGUCCCAGGGUUGUCACAGCUGAGCAGCUGUGCUGCAUCUCCUAGCACAUGGAAAGUAUUCAGUCACUGAAGAGGACCAUCUUCCUGCCACCUAGCCCCCCUGGCCACCCAGCCUGGAGCCACCUCGGCCUGGGACAGUCUGCGUUCCACAGCCAUGCCACCCAUACUGUCUGACCAGAACUGGGUGCCUCCUAAGGCUUGGGCUUUGCAGCCCGGCCGCCCCGCCUCGCUCUCCGCCAUGAACGGGCCCACCGUGCAGCCGUCCCGCACGUCCUCGGCACCCGCGUCGCCCGCGUCCCCGCGCGGCUGGAGCGACUUCUGUGAGCGGCACGCCGCGGCGGCGGCGCGGGAGCUGGCCCGCCAGUACUGGCUGUUCGCGCGCGCGCACCCCCAGCCGCCGCGCGCCGACCUGGUGUCGCUGCAGUUCGCCGAGCUUUUCCAGCGCCACUUCUGCCGCGAGGUGCGCGAGGGCCUGGCGGGGCCACCGGGCCGCGACUACCGUGCCACUGCCCCGCAUCACCGCCCCGCGCUGCCCAAGGCACGCAGCUCCGAGGACCUGGGCCCGCGGCCGGCCUGCGCCCUGCAGCACCUGCGCCGCGGCCUGCGCCAGCUCUUCCGCCGCCGCUCGGCCGGGGAGCUGCCGGGGGCCGCCAGCGACCCCAGCGACCCCGACCCCGACCCUCCGCCGCCCAGGCCGGGCCCAGCCCGCAAGCUGCUACCCUGGAGCCUGCGGGAGCCGCCGGCCGAGGCGCUUAAGGAGGCGGCGCUGCGCUACAGCCUGGCGGACGAGGCAGCCAUGGACAGUGGUGCGCGCUGGCAGCGGGGUCGCCUGGUGCUGCGGGCCCCCGGUCCAGGCCACGGCCGCCUGCUGCAGCUCUUCGACCCGCCCAAGAGCUCAAAGCCCAAGCUGCAAGAAGCCUGCUCCAGCAUCCGGGAGGUCCGGCCAUGCACACGCCUGGAGAUGCCUGACAACCUCUACACCUUUGUGCUGAAGGUGCAGGACCAGACAGACAUCAUCUUUGAGGUGGGAGACGAACAGCAGCUUAACUCAUGGCUGGCAGAGCUCAGAACAAGCACAGGCCAAGGGCCGGAGCGCAUGGACACAGAGCUAGCCCUUUCCUUCGUGGCAGAGCCUGGCCCAGCCAGCUCUCCAAGGGGAAGCACAGACUCCCUGGACCAAGGUGCUUCACCCGGGGCGAUGUUGGACCCAGCCUGCCAGAAAACAGAUCACUUCCUGUCCUGCUAUCCCUGGUUCCACGGCCCCAUCUCCAGGGUGAAGGCUGCACAGCUGGUUCAGCUGCAGGGCCCUGACGCCCACGGCGUGUUCCUGGUGAGGCAGAGUGAGUCCCGGAGAGGGGAGUAUGUGCUCACAUUCAACUUACAGGGCAGAGCCAAGCACCUCCGCCUGGUGCUCACCGAGCGUGGACAGUGCCGUGUGCAGCACCUGCACUUCCCCUCGGUGGUGGACAUGCUCCGCCACUUCCAGCGCUCCCCCAUCCCGCUCGAGUGCGGAGCAGCCUGUGAGGUCCGGCUCUCUGGCUAUGUGGUGGUCGUCUCCCAAGCACCAGGUUCCUCCAACACAGUCCUCUUCCCUUUCUCCCUUCCUCCCUGGGACUCGGACCCAGGUCCUUCCCACCUCCACUCUGCUGGCGGUCCCCCCAGCCUUGGCACAGAGGCUCUCCCCGGCCGAGGGACACCCCCAGAGCAAAUCUUCCACUUGGUGCCUUCUCCUGAGGAACUGGCCAACAGUUUGCGGCACCUGGAACUGGAGCCCGUGAGCAGCGCUCGGGACUCAGACUAUGGGCUGGACUCCUCUUCCCGGAGCCACCUUCGGGCCAUCGACAACCAGUACACCCCCCUCUCACAGCUGUGCAGGGACGCAAACUUGUGAAUGUAACCAUCCUCCUUCCCUCCAGGGAGCUCCAGGCUGUGGUCAGCCUCCCCAGCUCAGAUGUGCGCUCUGCCUCCAGGCUGCCACAGGCCCGUCAGCACAGCUAGCCCUGGCUGUCCCACUGUUUACAGAUGAGUUCUUGUGCACAGGUGCCACUAGCUGGUACCCUAGGCCCAGUCCCCGACCCAGAGGAGGGGGCUCCGGGCCCAGAGCUGGCAGUGGAGACUGACAGUCAGAGCUGACGACAGACUUCCUUCCUAGCAGGUAGGGUCACCAGGAAGCACAGACAACACUAACAAGUCCCCGUUCCUUCCCGUUCUGCUCCACCAGGACCCGUGCCAUUCUCAAGUCAGGCUAAGCAGACCUGCCUCUCACCCGGGCUAAGCCAGCACGCUCGUGUCCUUGUCUGCUCCUCUCAGGACGGUUGCCUGCUAUGGGUAGCCACUGUCCUCCCUCAUGCAGAGAAUGAAGUGUGUCACCCUUUCAAGGACAUCCAGGCAGCAGACAGAGAGGAGGGUAGCAAGGGACGUCCUACCCCAGUGCCUUAUGUGUAGAAAACAGGACUGGUUUACAGCGGCUUUCCAGAGGAUGGGAUGAGCAGUGGGGAGACCCGCACAAAUGAAAGGCUCCCCGGCCUAUGCAGUGGACCCAGAUUUAUAGCCCCCCCCCCCAACACUCUUCAAGCAUCUAGUGGCUUGUUGAGCAUGGCUGCAUUCUGAGUAACAAAGUAGCUGGUACCGUGCAGAAACCCCUGUAAGAGGUCACAGUCAGUGUUCUGACAAGGCGGCGGCAGCAGGGUCCCCGGUGGAAGGCUGUGCUCCUGCACACGCAAUCCCUGUGUUGACAGGGCUACACUGGUCUGGCUUUCUAUCCCAGGUGUGUGAGUUCCCAGGGACUAGAGAGGGCAGCUCCUGAGCACAAAGGUGCCAGUCGGUGCAGCCUUGGGGCUUUUAUCAGCGGCUUUAGGGAAUCACAACUUAUCUUGGACGCGUUGGUCGGAGGUGAGCAUGCUGAACCCCUUCUCAUCUGGUUACCUCUGUACUGUGCAAGCUCAUGUGGCCCUGAGCGGAUGGGGGUGGGGUGGGGUGAGGGGUCAGCCAGCUGUGCUUCGCCUUGAACACCCACCACUGUGUUCACGGAGCAAGGCACAUCCCACGUAGGUGCAGGUUUGUGUUCGACCUUUGAGAACUAGCUUUUCUUCAUUUUCCACAAAAGUAUGAACCAAAGAUAUAAGCAAUAUUCAGUCACUGGUCCAGACUCUUCUCUAAGCUGUGUAGGGAGGAAAGGGGCUGGGUGGACAGCGGUGUCCCUGCUCAUGGCACUCAUUAGGGGCACUCACCUCUCCUGGGCCGUCAGACACAGCUCUCGGGCAGAGAGGAGCACCUCCGCCCCGCGGCAUUGGGGCUUAUCCACUGUGGAUGGCUUCCUUCCGAAAGGCCUCGAUUAUGACAAAGUCUCAUGGCCCCGGGACAGAGUGGCGCUACGCCAACACCUUUUCUUUCUGCUAGUGUAGGUCCAGUUGGCUUGAAGGGGAACUCAGUGAGGCCCCAGGCCAGUGUCAAUACCAGGCCCCAUUCCCACCCCAGCCGUCCCGACAUACCGCCAUGGGCAGGUGAGGCCACACUAGGCGCAGGGGAGUUGCCCUGUAGAGACUCUAAGUGCAGCUCCACAGUCCCUGCUGCUUUCUCCUGACUAGAACGACACACUAACAGCCACCAGCACCAAAGAAUUAAGUCAACUAACCUGCCUUGACUUUAGACCAGCAGUCCACAUGGCUUUAUCUGGUAUCAACUCUUCUGCCUUUGAUCAUUUCUGGACCACAGGAAAAAGGAAUAGUGAUUAUUACAGUUUUGGGCCACACAACACUAUUUUUACAUAAGUUUCUUAACCUAAAAGAAGGCUUCAUCUCUUCCCUGAGGGUUCUUGUUCAAAUGUUACCUUAACAUCACGUGACAGACUGUCGUCCACUGCCUCCUAAUGAAGACGUGUCUAACAGCCAGUGUGGGGCUGGGCAACAGGAAGAGGGGAUUUCAACUUCUAUCAUAGGCAGAAGGUGUUUGGCAAAUCUUUGUUUUAUGUACUGUAUGAGUAACUUAUUCUUGAAUAAUGCAAAUUUUGCUACAGUGUACAAAUUGCUAUAUGUGAAUUAAAAAAGUUUUCAGAAUUA